UGAUCAUUUCUAAAAUGACAGUGACACUGACGCAAUAAAACAGCUAACGUCAAAUUACGACCUAAUGCCAUAGUUUGUUAUACAUUGCGUAUUGUCCUAAUUAACGUUAUUCGGAUUACAAUAGUGUGCCCUCAUUAUCAUUUAAAUUUAAUACAGUCACUGAAUGUCGGUGGAUCAUUGGCUUGCAUGACCAACGAUAUUAAAAUUCAGUAUUUUUUAUUUGUUAAUUUUGACUGAAUACAUUUAGGGAUUGUUUAACUGGAUUGGAACUUGUUUACGAGGUCCCUAUAUUUUUUUUUGUUGUCACCGAAAGCGUACAAAGUUGAUUUAACAAUAAAGUGUUAUUGUUUGUUAUCAAUAAGUAUUUUCGAGUCUCGGUAGUAGUACUGCGAGCGAAUGAAUUAAACAUAGUCAUCGUUCGCACAGCGCGCAACAGACAGUCAGUCACGGUGGGUCGCCGAUCAGCAGUAAGUCGCGUUUCGUUGCGAAAGGUGGUCGCGAUGGUGCUCGUACUCGCCGCGCUCGGGGCCGCCUGUGCCGCCGUUUUGUUCACCCAAGGAUUCCUCUGUAUGUUGGUGUCUAUUAUAAUACUUGGUAUUGUUUACCUCCUUGCAUUCCACCAACGCUGGUUAUACGUCGCCAUCAAAACUACUCCAAGAGAUCUCAGGGCUCUAUUGUCAUACAUAAAGAUCUUAUGGCUAACAAGGAAGUUUAGUAGCAAAGACUUGACUCUGCCGGAUAUAUUCCACGAUGUGGUCAGUAGACAUCCGGACAAACCAUGUUUCUUGUUCCAAGAUGAAGUCUGGACUUUCAAAGAGGUAGAAGACUACAGUUUGCGUGUCACAGCCGUGCUAAAAGCUCAAGGCAUAAAGAAAGGAAGCAUUGUAGGACUAUUGGUGAACAACUGCCCACAACAGCCGGCUCUAUGGAUGGGGAUAGCUCGGCUAGGAGCCAUCACGCCACUGAUUAACACGAACCAAAGAGGGAAUGCAUUGAUCCAUUCAGUUAACGUCGCUAAAUGUGACGCACUCAUAUUCUCUGACGAAUACCAAUCUGCCAUUCAAGAUGUAGCUAAAGACUUAAGUCCCUCUUUGAAGCUAUUCAAGUUCUCCCAACGACCUUUGAAGACUUCCAAUUCCAAGUCUGAAGGCAGUGGAGAUGGUAUCGCCGAUUUCACCAACUUGGUGGAGACCACAUCACCAGCGCCCUGGACCUUGGCUGAUGCUGAUGGUUUCCAAGGAAAGCUGUUGUAUAUCUACACGUCUGGAACUACUGGAUUGCCUAAAGCUGCUGUUAUUUCUAAUGCUAGGUUCGUCUUCAUGGCAACUGGACUCCAUUACAUGGGUUUGGAAGGGAACGAUGUGUUCUACUGCCCUCUCCCUCUCUACCACACCGCGGGAGGAGUGAUCAGUGUCGGCCAAGCCAUUAUAUUUGGCUGCACAGUCGCACUGAAAGCCAAAUUCUCUGCUUCUCAGUACUUCCCCGACUGUGUCAAGUAUAAGGCUACGGCUGCCCACUACAUAGGCGAGAUGUGUCGCUACGUGUUGGCCACGCCCCCCUCGCCUGCGGACACGCAGCAUAGCGUGCGUGUCAUCUACGGCAAUGGACUUAGACCUCAGAUCUGGAAAGAUUUCGUCAAGAGAUUCAACAUCCAGUCGGUGACAGAGUUCUACGGGGCGACUGAAGGAAACGCCAACAUAGCGAACGUGGACGGUACACCAGGCGCCAUUGGCUUCGUAUCCAGAAUAUUCCCCAAAGUAUACCCCAUCGCCAUCAUCAAAGUGAACCAGGAGACUGGAGAGCCUAUCCGGAACUCGAAAGGACUUUGUCAGCUAGCAGAACCAAACGAGCCGGGAGUGUUUAUCGGCAAGAUCCAAGCUAGCAACCCGGCGCGACAGUACCUCGGGUACGUGGACAAGGCAGCUUCAGACAAGAAGGUCGUUCAAAAUGUCUUCCAUUUCGGAGAUUCCGCGUUUAUAUCAGGUGACAUCUUAGUAGCAGAUGAGUUUGGUUACCUGUUCUUCCGCGACCGUACAGGCGACACGUUUAGAUGGCGCGGAGAAAACGUGUCCACUACUGAAGUCGAAGCCGCCAUUUCUAGAGUCGCUGACCAUAGAGACGCUGUCGUUUAUGGUGUAUUGGUGCCCAACACGGAAGGUAGAGCGGGUAUGUGUGGGAUAGUGGACGUGGACGGUACCCUGGACCUGGACAAGCUGUGCAGAGACCUGGCGAGAGACCUGCCCGUAUACGCCAGACCUGUGUUCAUCAGGGUCAUGGAUAGCUUAGAUAUGACUGGUACAUUUAAAAUGAAGAAGACUGAUCUACAAAAGGAUGGUUUUGACCCGAAACUAGCAAAGAAAGACAGGCUUUACUACUUAGAUCUGAAACAAGGCCGGUAUCUACCGCUAGGCGUGGAAGAAUAUGACAAAAUCAUUAGUGGACAAAUUAGGCUGUGAUCUGUUUUAUAAUCUGUUGUCUUCGUGUUGUUAUCUGUGUAUUUACAGCCAUUCUUGAUUAUUUAUCUGUGGAUGGGGGCCUGGGGGCCUAGUGUUGUCUCUGGUGUUGCAAGUGUACUUAGGCUAUGGUGACUUACCAUUAGACACUCUGUAAGCUUUAUUGCUACUGAUGUGAUUUUAAGUUAUCUGUAGUAAAUUAUUCCAUUGAUAGAUAAAUUAUUUAGAAUGGCUGCUAGUAAAUCUAUAGACUUGCUAUGUCUAUCUUAUGUUAAAGAAUAAAAAACGAUUCAUCGUAAAAAUCAAACAUUUUAUUGUGCGUUGACUAAAGCACACGUUUUCUAUCAAUUGUUAUUUUCCAACAGCGUAACUAUUCACUUUGCUCGAUUUCGAACAUUAAAUUCAUGACUAUACGGUAGAAAAUCAAUAAAACCGACGAGAAUAUGAUUUUUCUUAGUUUAAUACGUUAUAGAACUUGGCAACACAUCAGGCUAUGCAUAACCAGUGUAAAGUGACCGUUGAAUACAUAGAAAGUACAUACAAAGUGAGGCCAUGGUAAACUGGUUUUGUAUAGUUCCAUGUACAUUAUACAUCGGUUAAAUAGUAGAAGUAGCUAGGUGUAAAUAAAUAUACAUAUUUAACUUAAAAACUGUUUCAUUAGCGUUGUUGUUGAUAUAAAACUAAGCCGUUGAUGUCACUGCUUCCGAAAUAGAAGACUUAACAUAGAAUGUGUAAUUUCCUUAUGUUUUGCAUUUACUUUGUAUUAAAAAAGGAUUUGUUUUAAUUGAGGAAUGUGGUAAAACAAUAAUAUGUUUAGUAUUUUCUGUCACUAAAGCUAAAACUGAUGUUUAUUCGUCGAUUCUUUAAAAAUUAAUUUGGUCCUUUUGGACUUAAAUCGACAGUGGCGCCACUCAAAGCACAAAAAAGUAUAAGUCUCUUUCAUGCUGAGAUUUGGAAUUAUAAUUUUGAUGCUGUUCUUUUAAUGCAUUGUUGAUUAACUUGCUGUAUUAUGUCUGUCUUCAAUAUUGUCACAAAUUCUCUAAUAAAUAGUCUGUUAUAUAAUAUCUUCUGCAAGAUGGAGAUUCUAUUUCUCGUACUUUUGUCUCUGUAAAACAUCACAUGUGUCUAUUUUUGCUAAAUAUAUAUCUAGACCUUUUAGACACCUUACAUUCCUAGGCAAUUUUCGAAAGCCUGCUUUACGGAAAAAUAACUUUAUAAAAAAAUAUUUCACUGUUUAAACGUAAUAGCUGUUUAAUUUGUGAUUUAGAGGAGUUGGGAAUCUAUGAAUUUAUUAAAUUAGCACUUUUGAUGGACUGAUCUGUUUAAGAUGUGGUAGAAAAAAGAAAUAAUAAAAUAUAAUAUGCUGUAUGUAGUCUUUUAAAGACAUUUUAUUUGUUAAUGCAUCGUAUGUACUUACACUUUUGAAAUAGGAACUCUUAAUAAAUGAAAAAAAAAACGAAUAAUGUAAUUUAUUUUUAAAAUGGGUAAUUGUUGGUAUACUAGACAAUGUUCUGUAUAUAUUUUUGCUUGUAUUUAAUAAAUAAAUAUUACGUAAUUUAAUUUUGUGUAUCUUAAUUAAAAGCAAUUUCUUACCUGACAUAAAUAGGGGUGACUUAAAGAGAGGUACUGAAAUUUCGGGUUAUUUUAACCCUGUAAUAUAACUUUGGCCCAAAUGCAAUACUGAUGAAAAAUGAAUACAUAUGCGCUUAGUUACUGGGUUAAAGAGUUUGGGACAAAGUUAUUACGUAGGGUCAAAAAAACCCUAAUUUAACCGGUAGCUAAUAAGAGAUAUUAUGUUUUGUUACGGCAAUUUUUUAUAUUUUAACCAACAGUUAUACCUCAAAAAUCUUCGAAAAAGUAGUUUGUUC